AUAUUGAUCCUAAAGAGGAGAAAGGGUUGAUAAACUCUAUUGUGCAAGUCUGUACUGUAGCUGAUUGGUUGGUGGAGAGACAGGAGCAAAGUCUUAGACGUGACAAUCUGUUUAGGAAUGAAACAGAGGCCGAGGGUUGUGUUGACUCUAGUGGGUCUGUUACUCAGAACAAGAAUAUAAAGGGUCAUCAUUUUCCUCUGUCCUGGCAUCUCUCCUCUGUUUGGUUGGUGUGUGAGAAAGAGGCAUAAUAAGUUUGACAGAGAUAGAGUCAAGACAGGGCUUUGUGAUGAAGACCUGUGUCCUGUUCCUGCUGGUAGUGGGGAGUGUCUACAGUGCGCCUGUUGACCAGGGUGGCAUCCAGCCAGGUUCCUGUGAAGAUCCAUCAGCUGUGAGCGCUGCUCAUUUAGCUCUCAGCAAGAUCAACCUUAAUCGAGUGGAUGGCUACAUCUUCAGUCUGCACCGGCUUUCCAAUGUCCACCUGGAUAGACAUGGAGAAAAUGGAGUAGUUUAUUAUCUGAAUCUGGAUGUAGUGGAGACCAACUGCAGUGUUCUCAGCAGGAGGGACUGGAAGAAAUGCGAGGCUCGUCCCGAAACUCAGAUGCCGGUGUAUGGACAAUGCAAGGCUGCCAUCUACAUCAAUAAGCCACACAGAGUGGUUCGUCUCUACAAAUAUGACUGUGUUAUGAGGCCAGUUCCUGCAGCCAGGGUGACACAGAUUUGCCCCGACUGUUCAACUUUCAUCGACUUUGGCAACGCACAGGUCCAGAAGACUGUGUCUCAAUCACUGGAGAAGUUCAACAAUAAAAGUGGACUGAACAAUCAUUUUGCUUUGCUCAAAAUCUUACGCGCUUCUGCCGGCAUGGCAAUGAGGAUGUAUUACAAUGUGGAGUACACUAUUCAGGAGACUGUUUGUGGAAAGUAUAAACAGUCACCAGCAGGUGAAAAGUGUCCUAUCAUGACAUGCGAAUUCUCACACAAGGGUUUCUGUAAGGCAUCUCUCAUGAAUACCCCAAGUGAUAAAGAAGACAUUAGUGUAGAGUGUGAAAUCUAUGAGCAAGAGGCUGCUGACAGAGAAAAAAUACAACAUCUGCUGGGUGAUGCAACUGACCACCCCCACAAUGACACACACACACAUCAACAUGGAAAGGGCAAUGACAAUGACAAUGACAAUGACAAUGACAAUGACAAAGGUCACUCACAUGGACAUGGGCAUAGUCAUGGUCAGGGCAAUGACCAUGGACACGGUCAGGGCAAUGACCAUGGUAAAGGCGGGAAACACGGACACGGUCAGGGCAAUGACCAUGGACACGGUCAAGGCAAUGACCAUGGACACGGUCAGGGCAAUGACCAUGGACACGGUCAAGGCAAUGACCAUGGACACGGUCAGGGCAAUGAUCAUGGACACGGUCAAGGCAAUGACCAUGGACACGGUCAAGGCAAUGACCAUGGACACGGUCAGGGCAAUGACCAUGGACACGGUCAGGGCAAUGACCAUGGUAAAGGCAGGAAACACGGACACGGUCAUGGACAUGGCAAAGGUCAUUCACGUUUAAGUGAACACGAUCACAUCCAUGACCACACCAAGGAUCACUCUCACCAUGAUGUCCCACAUCCUGAUGAGAGCAAACAUCACCACACCCAUGAUCAUAAGCCAGGCAGUGCCUUCAGGCAUGGGCAUGCCCACUCACAUGACCAUGGACUUGACAGCGAUCAUGAUCACGUUCAUGCCUAUCAUGGCAAGGCACGAAACCACACUGGUGGCUUUCCCAAUCAGCACCAUAACUACAGCCAUCCUGCGGGCACACACACCCAUGACCAUGACCAUGAGCAUGCUUUGGACCAUGAACAUAAGCAUGCUCACCUGCAUGACCAUGAACAUCAUCACCAUCACCACUUGCAUGACCAUGAGACCGAACCACACGACGAACCAGAGGGUUUGAUAAGGGCUCUCCCUGCCAUUGACCAACCAAUGAUCCUGCCUUCCUUCCCUGACGUUCCCGUAGGUGGGCCUGAAGCCGGAGUCACUCUGCCCCUCAAACCUGACCCCAGUAUUCCAGGACAGACUGAACCAACCAUCUUGCCCUUCCCUACCUCUCGCUCAGCAGAGUGUGCGAAUCCAGCAGAAGGAGCCGGUCUAGUGAACAAACUCUUUUCGGAGGAUCCCUUAUUCAAGCCUGCUACAUGAUGGAACUUAUGUCCUUAUUGAAAAAGAGCAAAGUUUCUGAGAGAAUUCAUAUAAUUAAUUGUCUAAGUAUUGUAACAACUACUUUUCCUGGUUGUUGUUGAAUACCUAACUUGGGAAAUGCUACCUAUUUUGACCAUUUAAUAAAGACAAAGUGUACAAAAUUUAACUUCUUUUAAUUUGUGCCAUUUGCUUCUCAAAAAAAGAUCAGAAACUGUAAAUGGGUCAUUGGUAAAAAUGGUGACAGUACAGCUGACUGUGCCUAAAUGUCUUUUUAAACUAAGCACACUGACAAAACCAGGAUCAUUAGACUUUUUAUUUUUAUUUUUUUUAAAUUAUGUGUGUCAGAGAUUUGAAAUAAAAAAUAAAAAAAUCCA